CACCGUAGAAGACCAAAGCCCAAGGUCUUGCCUCCUAUGCUCCACCCUCCUUCGACCCUGACCUCCAUGAAGUGAGCCCAAGCAAGCUCAAGCGAACCUGCUGCUUGCUGCACUGCUGUUGAGCGACUACGAUCCUCGCCAGGGCUGCUUGUCUCGCCCAGCACCACGCAGCACCAGGGAUUAGUUAUUCGGGUUCCAGCGAUUAGUUUUUCGGUUUAGUAUCCUGCGAUCUGAGAGUUUUUAUCUGUGCGAGUGCUUCGGAUCGCGACUCGCUGCCGUUGCUCGACGAAUUCGUCGUAGAUUCCAGCCGUGACAUUGGCGUUAACUCUUAUUCCCGGCCUCGCUCCUGAAUUCCGCGUUGCCCUUCGGGCCAUGGCACCUGGGUACGUAGGACGCAGCUAACUGCGCAUCGGUAGUCGCCCGUGUGUGGCGCUAUCGUUCAUAGCACUGGUAAACCAAGUAACCCUACGCAUUUGACGCGUUUGACGGCAGAUCGUUUCACUUGACGGCGCACGGGUUCCUCUCGGUUCCCUGUCUGUUCGGUCCGUUCUGCCGACGGCCGUUUCCCAGUGCUAGCUGUGGCAGUGAUUAGAGCGGCUCCUAGUCGUGCAGAGGCAGCUCGCUGGCAUGGCUGGGACGGGGGAGCAUAGCGGCAGCGACGCGCGCAGCCCCGCGGGUGGAGAGGAGCGCGCGGAGCAGCGCCGGGCGGAGGACGGAACCAAUGCGGGCCGGGAGUAUGGGCCCGGCGCGACUGACGGUGAAGCGGCGGCCGGGAUCCAAGCGGGCAGCGCAGUUGCUGAUAGCCCGGGCGGAGUCGAGCCGGUAGCUGAGAGCAGCGACUUGGGGAACGGGUGGCUUGUGUUUGGCGGCAACGGGAAGGAGAGGGCGCCGGGGGGAGCCGCGCAGGGGGGUCGGCAUUGCGAGAGCAGUCUCGACGACUCCCCGCAGCAGGCGGACGACGAGGGCGCGGAGCCGUAUCAGUUCGCGCAGUCGCUCGUGGCGCUGUCGCACGACCCCGACUCGCCCGUCAUCGGCAACUGCGCCACGUGCGGCCGGCACGGGCGGCCUGGCACGUGCUCAUGCGCGCCGCCGCUGACCCCGCUUUGCCAGGGCGGCGCAGCAGCAGAGGGGUCGAACGCACGUGACCAUAACGACGUGCCGCAAUUGGAACUGGAUUCAGAGGCCGGUGUGGGCGCAGAGGUAGUGCAGACAGCGCGCGUUGGGCUGACAGCGGCGGCGGGAGCUGCAGCAAGGGGUGAGGCGACGCACGAGAGAGGCGAGACGCGGGUAGCGAAGCAGCAGCAGCGCGCGCUGAGAUUCGCGUCGAGCGUCGACGUGCGGAGGAGCGCGGCGGGCAGCAGCGACAAGCUCGCGAACGGCGGGCACGCGGAGGGCGGCGAGAGCAGGGCGCAGCGGCAGGUGGCGCAGAAGGAGUGGGCGGAGGGCUUCGACGCCAUCGAGCGCGGGCUGGUGGCGGCCGUUAAGGGCUUCGCCAUCGGCGCCGGGCUGCGGGGCGGGCUGUCGCUGUUCAGCCUGCUCGGACGACUCCGACGGCGCCGCGCGGGCAUGGCCAAGGGCGACAAGGGCGCAGCAGCGGCGGUGGGCGUGUGGGAGGGCGUGCUGGGAGUGGUGCGCGAGGGGGUGCGGUACGGCAUGUUCGUGGGCACAUUCGCCGGCUCCUACUGCGUGCUGGACGAGGGCAUAGCGGCCGUGGGCGGGCAGGAGAAAACGCGCAGGUGGCGGGCGUUGCUGGCAGGCGCAGCAGCGGCGCCGUCGCUGCUGCUGGCGGGGCCGGGCACGCGGCACACGAGUCUGGCACUGUACGUGCUGCUGCGCGCCGUGGUGCUGGCCGUGCGCUGCGGCAUCAAGAGCCCCUCGUGGGGCUGGCUCUUCCGCCCGCUCACGUGGCAGCACGGCGACACGCUGCUCAUGUGCAUCUCCGCCGCGCAGAUCCUGUCUGCGUGGAUGCUGGAGCCGCACAGCCUGCCGCCCACGUACGUGUCGUUCCUGAACAAGCACGGCGGCAAGCCGCUGUGCGUGUACCGCGCCAUGAAGGAGAUGGCGCUGGACGGCGGCAUGUCGCCCGCCUGCACCGCUGACAUCGCCACCAUGCUCCGCGGCAAGGGCGCGGCCAGCAGCAGCGGCGGGAUGAAGCUGCCGUGGACGCGGGUGGUGAAGCCGCAUGAGACUGUGAUUCCCUGCGAUUUUCUUCACCCGGGUGGCUGGUGCUGGUUGCACUUUUUGUCCUUUCUGCGGGGGGCCUACCUGCGAGCGGUGCCAGUCUACGUGCCCGUAUACCUCGUGCCCGCCCUGCUCGUGCACCGCUCCUCCCUCCUCCAGAAGCCGCUGUCCAUUGCGCUGCGCACGGCCGUGGGAGCGGCGCGCUCCUCGCUCUUCCUCGCCACCUACUGCGGCACUGCAUGGUUCUGGACAUGCAACAUUCACCAGCUGGUGGGCAAGUGCACGCGGGCGACCAUGGCUGGUGGCGCGUUCCUGUGCGGGCUGGCGGUGCUGCUGGAGAAGAAGUCACGGCGCAUGGAGCUGGCGCUCUACUGCUUCUCGCGCGCCAUCGAGUCCUUCUUCAUCUGCGCCGUCUCCUGGGGCUGGCUGCCGCCCCUCUCCUCCCUGGCACUCUUCCCCGCCCUCUCCAAGCGCUACCUCUCUGCCAAGACUACCUCCGCAGCAGCCGCAGGUGCAGGAGGAGGGAGCGCACGCGCAGGGGGGUGCAGAGCGGGCCCGGUGGGGGAGUCGCUGAGCGGAGUGCUGCCCGUGGCAGCAGCGGUGCUGCAGCCGCACGCGCUGCUGGACGUGGCACUGCUGGCGGCGGCAGCGGGGGUGAUCAUGCAGUGCUACCAGAGCGAGCGCGACGUGUUCCGGUCCAAGUACCUGAACGUGCUGGACUGGAUCUUCGGCGUGCCCAAGGGGCAGAAGGCAGCCUCCGAGCUGUACCGCCGCCGCUCCCCGCAGAUGCACUCGCUACAGCACGCCAAGCCCCGCUCGCUCUCCCUCCCCUCCUUCUCCCUGCCCCCCUCUGCUGCUGCUGCUGCUGCUGCUUCAGCAGGUGCUUCAGCUGCUGCUGCUGCUCCCGCAGGCACCUCUCGUGCCUUUGCUGGUAUUCUGCCGCCUGCUACUCUGCCUCACACUGCUCCCACUGCUGGUGCUGGUGCGGAAAUUCCGUCCGGUGGCAAUGUGCGUGGUGAAGGGCAGCAGUGCAAUGGCGUGAGUGCCGGCAAGACAAAGUAGGAGAAUGGAUGAGAGACAGGAGUGGAAGGCAGGAGAGAGUCGGAAGCAAAAGGAAUGUCAGAGACAUGAAGAGGGAGGUGUGGAGAGUGGUUGGAGGGAGAGAAACGUGAGGCCACAGGGGCACUGGUGAUCAAGUUGAGUUAUUAUUGGUGGCGUGCCUGCUUGAGGUUCAUCGCGAGAGGUGCAUCGCAUGCGGUGUCUUUGGCUACGCCAGCUCAGGGUGUAGUUUCAUCUGGGAAGAGCCCCACUGACUCACUGGACGUGCUCUUGUUGCUGUGCCAGCCUGCCAGGUUACUGUCAUUGUUCUUGUAGCUGUUAUGAAAUAUAACUCAGGAUUGUCAAUACGAAUGAGGCAUAGGGCUUUAUAUAGUGCGAGUUGACCAGGUUGAACCCCGAGAGUUGGACUAGUCAAGGGCUCGAUAGUCUCGAGGGCGACGGGGUCAAAUUGGGUUCUAGGCGCCUCCGUAGGCCUUAUUUUAUCAGAGUACGGUAAUUCACUCUGUUUCUCUGAGAAUCAGAGUUGUUUUUUGUAGGUCACUUCGAUGGUUCUG